UUAUAAAGGACGAUGGUGCAUGUUACAUUUGGAGUAUCAUUUAUUAUAGAGUUAAUCAUCUUUUGAAUGCGAAACCGUUUCUGUGUCAUAAUAAUGAAACGUCUUUUGCCCUAAUCGGCUAAUCUCUUUCAUAAUUAAAAGUCCUCCCAGAUUUUCAUCUAUAGCACAACUCUAUUAUUCCUGGUAUGAUUUACUGAUAUUUGUUAUGAUUAACAAAAUUGUUUUUAUUUUUGACGACGCUUUCCAAGAUUCCAAAGCCCUAGGUUGUGUUUUUUUGUGCUACUCGAAUCCAUGGCUUCUAUGUAGCAUUUACAAGGGGGUUGCUAAGGUAACACAUAUGGUGCUGCAACUAUUGUGAACUUUAGUGUAUUGUUCGAUAGACUCUGUGGUUACCGCCAGGCCACUAACCAGAAAAAACCUCCAAGAAUUUUUGAUGGCAAGAUGGGACCCAAACUUGAUAAUUUAUGAUCUCCAAAGGUGUAGGAACUGCAGCAAUGGAUUUGAACAACUUACAUUUCUCAUUUAGCCAUUUUUUCUUGACACUGAGGUCGAAAGAGUAUGUCCAGGAUACAGUUUGCAGAGCCUUUACUACUAAAAUCAUUCAUGAGAGUGGAUGGCAUUAUCUGGGUUGCAGUGUCGAAAGUAGUGGUGGAAGGUGGUGCAAUAGGUAUCUGAUUCACUUUGAAGUCAUGGACCACAACGGCACUCCUGCUAUAUUUGGGGCAUUUGGCUCUAUUGGUCAGACGAUUAUUGGCCGCCCAGAUGGUUUUCCUGUCAAAGACAUGGGAAAGGCCCCGGUCAUUGCGGCCUUCAAGAAGAUUAUAAAUGUCGAGCUUGGUUAUCAGAUUGUUAAGUAUUCCUUUAAUGCAAAUCCAAAUGUUGCUCAAAGCUUCAUCGUCAUGAAUAUCCAUCUCAUCACUCAAAGCUUUAUGAGAAGGUUUAGCAUUCGAAUGAGUUGAUAGAUCCUAGAGUGUAAGUUGCAUUAGAGUUUCUUAUUUUAUAUUCGUACGUUGAUGUAGUAAAUGUUGGCUAAACAGCUUAUUCUUCUAGGAUGUGUUUGUGUCGGCUUAAUCAUCCAUGAUAGUGCCAUUUUAGAUCUACAGGAUGUUUGAUAGUAGUGGUAAUCCCAAAUUUGGUUGUCUUUUAUUUCUAAAAAAUGUUUCGGGUUUCCUUUUGGGUACCACUUGAAGUUGACAUCCAUCUGUGAAUAGCUAUUAGGAGUAUUUGCUAAAUGUUGAUUGUAGUCGUGGUCAAAUAUCCAAAGGAUCCCACUAAAUUAGUGGUUUUAGAAA